AUGUCGCCCCCGGCCCCGGCGCCCCCCGGCCGCUCCUUCACCAUCGCGGCUCUGCUGGGCCGCUCCUCGCCCCCCCCGCGCCCCCCUCCGCUCUGGGGGUGCCCCCCGACCCCGCUGCUGCCGCCGCUCUGCGCCCCCUCCUCCUGCGGGGUCCCCCCAUCCUGCGGGGUCUCCCCAUCCUGCGGGGUCCCCCCCGCCUGGGCCGCCCGGCUCGGAGCUACAGGCUUCCUCAUCUCCAAGUGCUGCUUCCCCCUGUUGAAAGCCAAGCCUGGCAAAGCCAAGCGUGCCCGGACCAUGUUCAGCAGCGAGCAGCUGGCACGGCUGGAGCAGGAAUUCACACGGCACCAGUACCUGGUGGGGCAGGAACGCUGCCUGCUCGCCUCCUCCCUGCACCUCACCGAGGAGCAGGUGAAAGUCUGGUUCCAAAACCGGAGGAUCAAGUGGAGGAAACAAAGCCUGGAACAGCAACAAGCCAAACUGGCCAAAAUGGGUUUGGGCACGCCACAGAGGAGCCCAGACUCACAGAGCCACCACGAGGAGGACAAGGACUUCCCAGGGGACAGCCAGGAGGACACGUCCUUGUCCCCUGGCUCAGGGACAGCCCCUGCACAGACUGGGACAAAGAGCUGAGCCACCUCAGGGCCC